GGCCUAAGGGAAAUCAGGUGCAGAUAUAUAGACACAGCCCGGGAAACAGAGUGUGGGAAACAAGUGAAAGUUAUUGGUGCUGUUGCGGACACUGAGAGAGAGAGAGAGAAAUUUGAAAGCCAGAGUAUAAUGUGGGUGCUGUUAAAGCUCAUACUGGCUGCUGUUCUGAUCUCCCAGCUGGUAGCUGGAACUGUUAUCAAUGUAGAUGAACAACAUGGCAUCUCUAACAUCAGCUGUUGUCCCAGUAGCUCAGAGAGCGCUACAAGUCCUUGCAAAACCCUCACUCUUGCUCUGGAGUGUGUCCAGAACAUCUCCCUGACAACACCAGUGUCUCUGAUUGUCAGUGAAGGGAAUUACACCUUGACCAAUGACUCACGGCUGACUGUGAUAAAAGAGAGAACUGGAGGUUUUGCUAUCACUGGGAACUGCAGCACUGCUGGACCUUGUGUU